GGAGUGAGGCUUCUUACCUAGACGAUGAACUAUCUCUGUUGCAUGCUGUAAACAGAAACUCAGGUUACUUAAGACCGUCGUUUUAAACUGUUGUAGCUGUUUAGCGAGGGUAACAGUUCCCUGUGAAAGGAAAAUGGAAGAAGAUAUAUUAACGACGCUGAAAAUAUUGAUAAUAGGAGAGAGCGGUGUUGGGAAGUCAAGCCUCCUCUUGAGAUUCACAGAUGACACAUUUGACCCAGACCAAGCUGCAACAAUAGGUGUUGACUUCAAGGUGAAGACCAUUACUGUGGACGGCAACAAGGCAAAGCUGGCAAUAUGGGACACUGCAGGACAGGAGCGCUUCCGCACACUGACGCCCAGUUACUACCGCGGUGCCCAGGGAGUCAUCCUGGUGUAUGAUGUCACACGACGGGAAACCUUCACCAAGCUUGACAACUGGCUCAACGAGCUCGAGACGUACUGUACAAGGAACGACCUUGUGAAAAUGCUUGUGGGAAAUAAAAUCGAUAGGGAAAACCACGAGCUAGACAGGGCAGAAGGGCUGAAGUUUGCAAGAAAACAUUCCAUGCUUUUUAUAGAGGCGAGCGCUAAGACCAGGGACGGUGUUCAGUGUGCGUUUGAGGAGCUGGUGGAGAAGAUCAUCCAGACUCCCGGCUUAUGGCAGAGUGAGAACCACGGCAGAGGAGUGCAGCUCACCGACGAGGACGCGGGAGGCGGAACCUGCGGUGGCUACUGCUCUCUGGUCUAGACAGGACACACGUGCGCAAACACAUUCACACACGCAUUCAAACAUACGCACGGUGUCACACACUCAGACACAAACAUACACAGAAACACACCCUCCUCCCAUUGUGUGCUGUCCUCAGACAUGAAGUCAGUGGAGGUCUGACUGUCUCCCUGCGCUGAGCUGUAAGGGUUGACCGUCCACACACUCUACCUGUGUCCGCACAGACACUAGUUUUUGCACACUUCCUUAUAACAACGCUGCGCUAAAAUGCAAAUGCAGCUCAGCCUUCCUCUUAAUGGAAUUUGAGUGGAGUUUUUCUUCUCCUCUGUUUUAUUAUGAGUUACAGUUUUGUGCAGUUUUGGGACCUUGGUCAAAAUAGUAACUACUCUCAAUUCAUACAUAUGAUUUAGUGAAAGCAGUGAAAUGAGUCUGAAGAUAUAAACCAAAGUUAGUUCGGCAUGUGACUAAAUCUCUGAGUUAUGAAUAUGAGAAUGGAAAAACAGUUUUGACCAAGGGUUCUCUCUUGUCUCCUGCAUGCAUAUUGUCCUUGCAGCACCUUGCCUUAGCAAGCACAUCCAAUGCAGGGCUGAUUUUUCUCCAGUGUUUGUCUUUCCUCUGCUCUCUCGUACGCUUGAGCCUGAUCCUGAUCCUGCCCCUCAGACUCUAUGAACAUUAUGCUGCUUAUGGUGAAGCUUAUCGAGACAAGCUAUCUUGUAGUCCAUCUCACCAGUCUCAAAGGUUUGGAUCACGUGUCUCUGUUGUCCACACAACUGCCUCAUUUCUUCAGAAUAUAAUAGAAUAACCAAGUGUCUGGAAUGACAUUUUACUGUUUUUAUUGACUCGGACUUCAACCCUUUUUUGUGUUUUGAAGAGCGCAUAAAUCAAAGAGAUUGGCACCACUAAGCUUUCCAGUGGGUGCAGAAGGAGAGGGAACUUUUUAAAAUUGCACGCCUUUGUUGUAAUGAGUUGCUUUAAUGGGGUGCGACGUACUGGCACUCCCUCAGUCAGACAGAUAAUAUCAGUAAUAUCACUAGCACUGCUACAGUCUUUCAUAUACAUCUCUUUGACGGGACAGAGACAAAGGGAAAGUGUUCAAUAUUAGACAGGGCAGUGAGUCAUAAGGGUGUUUCCACUAAAUUUGGAAAAUCAAAGGAAAAAGCUGGUUGCUCCACAUGGCUAAUGGAUUUCACAGUACUCCUAUCUCUAUGUUUGUAUCUGAGAAGCAGUUAUAAAUGUACUGUACCUCUAACCUCUGGCCAUGUUUUGUAAUAUUUGAGUGCUAGUGAUUCUGGGAAAUGUUGUUUUGAGAGUUUAAUCUUGUACCGGGGAUGGUGACAAUGACAUGGAUUCAAGCAUGUCUUACACAAUUUAAAAACUUUUUUUUUUUUUUUUUAAAUUUCGUUUUAUUUGCAUGGGAAACUCUGCGUGCCAUUCUUCUGCGUUUGUUUGUCCAGUGAAUGGCCUUCAGAGGCUGUUUACUUUAAACUCUUUAACUUAUAUUUAGCUGAAAGUAAGGUUUACCAUUGGAAUUUAAUGGUAUAAUUAAACAAAAAGGAAGUAGGCUUUUACUUAUUGAACUGGUAUAGCUGCUUUUUGUGUUCAGAAAUAUCUUAAAACAUGUAUACCUUGUAAAUUGUGUGUAUCUUAUGAAUUUGGUGGGAUAACUCCUGUAUGAAUUGUAAAGCUGAAUGUAAACAUUUCACUACAAAAUACCCUCUGUAUUAAACUAAAUAAAAUUCUUUCCUUUUUUUUUAAGUGAA